UGAGGGUCAGACGAUAAAUCCGGUCACACUGCAGACAAGAAUUACGCGUGAAAACAGAAAACACCAAUGAAAAUCAAGCGAAAAAUUUCAAUUUUUCAGCCAAACGGUGCAUUAAAGUGCAAAGACCAACACCAGUAAAAAGGCUAAGCAACAUCAGAGCAGCAGCAGCAGCAGCAGCUAAAUACAAAAAAAAUAUAUACAAAAUUGUAGCUACAAAAAUAAUUUCAACAAUUUCAAUUUCAAUAAAAAAGCAAUAAAACGUCAACGAAGAAAUUGAGAGCAAACCCCACCAGUGGUGAGAGAGAGAGAGAGAGAGAGAGAGAGCGGAAAACGGCGCGAACAGCUGGCAAGCGAAGAAGAAGAAAACGACGAGCAGCAGCCAGAGAGAACCAGGAGGAAUCAACCAGGAAGCGACUCCAACACAGUGUUAGGUCAACAAAUGGGAACCAAUUCGGGAGCCACCGCUGGCAUCAACAAUAAGCCGGUUGGCGGUGCGGGUGCCGGCGUUCUCGGCGGCGUUGGUGCAAAUUCAUCAAUUGGCGGCGUCCUCUCCAACAGCUUGGGUGGCGGUGGCGGAGGUCUGAGCAUCAGUGGCCUCAACUCUGGUGGACAGAACGCGAAUGUUGGCGGCUUGGUCACCGGCAUGGGCAGUGGCAACAACAUGAACGACGAUGGCGGCAACGGCAUGUCAGGCGGCGGUGGACCAAAUAAUCAGCAGGCCACCACGCCCCAAUACACAAUACCAGGCAUCUUGCAUUUCAUACAGCACGAGUGGUCGCGCUUCGAGCUGGAGCGCUCACAGUGGGAUGUGGACAGGGCCGAACUGCAGGCACGAAUUGCAAUGCUUUUGGGAGAGCGCAAAUGUUUGGAAAGUCUCAAAUCGGAUCUGACGAGGCGCAUCAAGAUGCUGGAGUAUGCCCUGCGCCAGGAGCGGGCCAAAUUCUAUCGAUUAAAGUACGGCACCGAUCCGCCGCAACUGAACGAGUUUAAGCCGACAAAUGAGGAUUCUGGGCUGACCGGCGACGUGGCCACCGAUUCCGAAGUACCCUACAGCUCUGUGUCGAACACCACGUGGCGGCAGGGUCGGCAAAUGUUGCGCCAAUAUUUGGCAGAGAUUGGCUACACAGACAACAUCAUCGAUGUGCGCUCGAACAGAGUACGCUCGAUCCUGGGGCUGAACAACAAUGCGGAGCAUGAUGGCAGUAGCGGCGGUCUUGGCACCGGCGGCGAGAAUCUUAGUCCGAACAUCAAUGGCAACGAGAGCAACAAGCGGGCCUCGGACACGGAAGGCCGUCAUACUCCCGCUAAAAAACAAGUUCAACAAGCGUCAGAUGGCAUCAUCAUUGACACCGAGGCGGCGGUAAUGGCGAACUUUGAGUUCCUUGGCCCCACAGAGAUGUCCGACGAUGAUGAGAUAUCCGAUGAUCUGGAAAUGGUGGCCACCGACAGCGAUGACACGGACGUAAAGCUGGCCAAGCGGGCCAAAUCUGGCAAGGAUAUGCUGACUGAAGAUCUUGAGACCGAGGUGGGAGAGCAGCUCUUGAACGAUAUGAAUCUUAUAAACGAAGAAGUUGACGGCUCAUUGGGACUGGGUGAGUUGGCCCAACUGACGGUGAAUAAUGAAUCGGAUGGAGCGUACGAUUCGAAUGCCAAGGAUGGCACUGGCGGCAGUGCCGGCGGUGCUGGUUACCGCAAGACCUGGAAUGCCAAGUAUACGCUACGCUCCCAUUUUGAUGGUGUUCGUUCGCUCAUUUUCCAUCCGGAGGAGCCAGUGCUGAUCACCGCCUCCGAGGAUCACACGCUCAAGCUGUGGAACCUACAGAAGACGGUGCAAGCCAAAAAGUCAGCUAGUCUCGAUGUGGAGCCAUUGUAUACGUUCCGCGCCCAUACGGGUCCUGUCCUUUGCCUGGGCAUGUCAACCAGCGGCGAGACAUGCUAUUCGGGCGGCCUCGAUGGCAACAUCGAGUGCUGGCAGCUGCCAUCGCCCAAUAUCGAUCCCUACGACUGCUACGAUCCGAAUGUGCAUUCGGGCACCCUCGAGGGUCACACGGACGCCGUCUGGGGGCUAACGACAAUGCAGAAUAAUAUUGUAUCGUGCUCGGCCGAUGGCACAGUCAAGUUGUGGUCACCCUUCAACAAGGAUCCAAUGCUUCGUACCUACACGGCUGCCGAGUCGGAGGGUGUACCCUCGUCCGUGGACUUUGUACGAAAUGAGGUGGAUCACAUUGUGGUGGCUUACAACAGUGCGCAUUGCAUCAUCUACGACACGGAGACGGGCAAGCAGGUGAUCAAGCUGGAGGCGGCACAGGAGAUGUCGGGCAAUACGGGGAAAUUCAUUAACAAGGUGGUCUCCCAUCCCACACUGCCCAUCACAAUUACGGCGCACGAGGAUCGUCACAUUCGCUUCUGGGACAACACAUCCGGCACUCUGGUGCAUUCAAUGGUGGCGCAUCUGGAGCCGGUCACAUCGCUGGCCGUGGAUGCACAUGGUCUGUACUUGUUGUCCGGCUCGCAUGAUUGCUCGAUACGGCUGUGGAAUCUGGACAAUAAGACGUGCGUGCAGGAGAUAACGGCGCAUCGCAAAAAGUUUGAUGAGAGUAUAUUCGAUGUGGCAUUCCAUGCCACCAAGCCGUAUAUAGCCAGUGCCGGGGCCGAUGGACUGGCCAAGGUGUUUGUCUAAGAGACCCCACCCCAGAGCCCGUGCACGUGCCCGCCCCCAUAGAAUGCAGAAUCCAGAAUCCACAGCCAGAAAGCAGCUCCACAAGCAAAGCGAUUACGAGUUCGAGUUAAAUAAUUAUACAUACACAUUAUAUAUAUAUAUAUACCUUAUACAUUUAAAUCUAAUUAUAUCACACGAAAAGAACAACAAAUUAUGCAUUAUAUACAUUAACUAACAAAAACGAAAAAUUGCUAUUAAUAACAACAACACAAAAUAACGGAAAAAACAAAAUUCAAUAAAUUAAAUGGCAUUUCAGAAAGUAGAAAAAGAGCAAAGCAAAAGUCAAGUAAGACCAUGAAAUUGUGUGUAAUCUAGGAAAGUAAUACUAAUUCUAAAGCAAUGCAAACAAAUUGGCAUAGAUAUAAUCCUCCUCCCCCCCCAUAGACACUAAAUAUUGUGUAUUUGUUAAUAACACACACAGACAACAAAUGAUGCAUUAUAGAUAAUAGUUGUAUGUAAAUGCCAAAAAGGAACUUGAUCUUGUUUGAGGUAAAAACUCUUCAAUAUUGAUUUCCUUUUUUAGGGUUUUAGUUUUAGUUGUAUAAUUGGUGGGCACUUGCACAGCGAUUGUUUGAGAGCUGUGAAUUGAGAGAGAGAAGCCUGCCCACUUAAACUUUCUGUACAUUUACUUAUUUGAUAGUGGAUUGAUUGAGAUGGCUGAGCAUUUCUUACAUAUAUAGAGGCACGCACGCUCGCUGUGCAAGUGCCGCCGCCCUGUAACACUCACACCUGUAGAGUGGACAAAACAAAACGCAAAAACAUGUAGACGAUCAAAUUUUUUUAGUAUUAAAAUAAUCAUAUUGCAUUAUGAACCACCCCUCCCCCAAACCAUAUAACACCCGUAAUACCUUAGCGAAAGAGCGAAAGAAAUUUGUAAAUGAACAUUAAUUAGAGGGACAACCGAGAGAUGUGGGAUAAGUCUAGGCGGAUAUUUAUUUCAAAAGCCACGCAAAAAAAAAGCAAAAAACAAUACAAAACUUUAUUAAUUACUAAGUGCGAAGAAAAACAAAAAAAACAAAAACUGCUUAUAUAUAUUCUAUAUGAUUUCCGUUUGUCAUUAAACGAUGGUAUGCAAUGUGCUUGAUUGAAUAUGGGGAAAAAUAUGAUGAUGAUAUAUAAAUGAUAAUUGCAGGCAAGCUAUAAACUGUGUACGCUAAGCUAUUUAUUUAAUUUAUGCCUAGUAUUAAAGUAAAACAAACAAAAGAAA